AUGUAAUUAGACGAUCAAAUGGAAGAAUUGUUGUAGUUACAACAAAGAAGGAUAGAAUUAGAAUAAGAAAACUAACAAUUAAAAGCAUAACUAUUCCGUUUAGGACGUGACCUAGUGUUUAAUAGUAUUAUAAAUUUUUCUAUUAAAAAGUUCAUAAAGAAGAAGUGAAAAAUUUACAUUCUGAUUAUGGUUUUGGAAAGGAGUAAAUAAAAUAUACAUUAACUCAUUCUUCAACUCGGGUUUUGGAAAGAUAAGCAGAAAUAAAAUUCUUAGACUAACCUAAAAGAUUACUUCUUUAGGUUCAAAGCAGUUGUCAAGAAAAAGAAAAUCACAAAGAAUUUUACCUCUUUUCUUAUUCUAUAUUGCUUAAUGAUGAAUUAGAAGAAAACCCAAAAAUUAUAGCUACAGAUUCAAAAAUUGAAAUUAUUUUUGACAAGAACCAGAAAAAUAAUUAACAAUUGAUUUAAUUAAACUAAUGA